AGGCGUUUGCGAAGGCCUGCGGCUCCUACGAGGCGCUCUCGGCCGGGGGCGACGCGAUGGAGGCCCUCUCGGUGCUGACCGGCUGGCCGUGCACCAUGAUCCGGCUCAACCGCAAGGACUUCGAGCCCAACAUGUUCUGGGCGUCCCUGCUCUCCUCCAAGGACGCUGGCUUCUUGACGACUUGCUCGACCCGCGAGUCGAAAUCGCUGGAGCCUUACCAUGUUUUUUCGCUGAUGGACGCAGUAGAGGUGCGAACGCCAAAAGCUUGCGUGCGCCUCGUCAAGAUCCGGGACCAGCAAGAGAAGUCGCAGAGGUGGAACGGCGCCUGGGGCGACUCGGCCGGGAGCUGGACUGGGCCACUGCGCCGCCAGCUGGACUACCCGGAGGGCGGCAGGCCCGGCGUGUUCUUCAUGACGCUCGGCGAGUUCCUGCAGGAGUUCGCCCACUGCACCAUCUGCCGCAUCCGCAGCAGCGAGUGGCACGAGGACAGAAAGGAGGCGGUCCUGCCCGAGAACGACGCCCCGUGCGUCGGGCUAACGCUCAAGGCGUCCGAGAAGACCGAGUGCAUGCUGAGCCUGGUGCAGCCAGAAGAAAGGUGCAGGUCGAGGGGCGGGAUGGUCAAGGGCCUCUCCGAGAAGGAGUGCUGCAUCGGCUGGGUGCUCAUCAAGGGCGGCGCGCUAAAGGCGAGCGCCGGCUUCGGCGGCAAGGCCGAGGCGGAGGCCACCGCGGGCUUCCGCGUCUGCAACGCCGUGUCGGAGGAUUGCUGGCUCGAGCCCGGCUGCAACUACGUGUUGUUGCCUCUCAGCCUGCAGUCAGGACCGCCGAUCCCGGCGACCCUGACCUGCGUCAGCA